CCGUAAACCAGACCCUCUUAGGAUCGUCAUCAUUUGCUGUAAACGUAGGUUUUGCGCCACGAAAACUUGUAAGCGUAGUUUGUUCAGCUUUUCAGCUCUGCAGUAACAAAACUGGAUAGGACAGAAUGAACGAGAGGGUAGCCGAGCCAGAGCAAACCGGAUGUUCAAAAAUUCGUGGGGUUUGGUUGCUAUGGUGUGACGUCAUGAUCCGGCUCAGUAGCUAUCAUCGCUUUCGAUUUGUGGUUUCAACAGGGGAGCGUUCGGUGAUUACAUUAGCACCGUUGUGUACAACCUCCAAUGGCGUCAAUCCUGUUUAUUUUGAGGGGCUGGAUUUUUCUUUUGACAUUUCUUGAGGUUGAAUUUCAGACAUUACUCACAAGAGCGGGAAAUUUGUUCUCAUUUCGAUCAGGUGCUGUGCGGCAUGGAUGCCUUCGAUAUUCGAAGAGCUGAAUUGCUGCACUCCACGAGCGAUUCGAGGGACUGGUGUCUCCUGAAUUCCAAAAUAUGCGGCAUUCCUCUAGGAAAAUUCAUGUCGAGUACCCCUUUGGUGUCAAGCUUUCCAAAAGAAUUUAACACAGUGCAACUCUCGAAUCUUAAAAAUGGCGGGCACUUGGAUCGACAACUAGUUCACAAAGAAGAGGUAUUCAUAGCCUCUUCUUUCGGCGUUGUUUCCGCGAUACUUCGGCAAAACUAAAAGCGGGCGAAGAAGAAAAGUACAGUUGGUUGGUUGAUGGCAUCAACAGCCUAAAUAUUGGCCAAGAUAAUGAAGAUUGCCAAACAGCGACUGACACACGUGACAACAACAAGGACAAAAUUCAUGACCCUGUACAAACAGUAUUUGGAGUCGAUUCAAGGUCAGCCAUAUCCAUAGAGGAUAUCGAGAAGAGUCAAGAUGAAAAUCUUAAGCUUAAGGCUGAACCUGAAGUUGUGCUUUCCCAGUUAGAAGCCCUUCGAGAUGAGGUGAAAAACGGCGGUCAAUCGACGCUGACCUCAGGCAUACAGGACCCGGCAAAGGACAACCCGGACAGUACAAGCGAUAUGUGGACCUUGAUCGGCGAUGUUUGCGAUAAGUUCCAGGUGCCUCUUGCAUCUUUAUUCGCCGAUCAGGUGGACCAGAAUGUUGAAGUGGCUAAAGUGAUGAGCGAUAUCGCAGAACAGCUGCUGAGAAAAAAAGACCCGAAGCAAGCCCUGGAAGCAAUACUGGGGGACAGUGCCCCAAAAUUCUUUAAAUCACUUCGUGUGCCCGAUUGGACGUUGCUUUACUUCAAGCUGCAGUCCCGGAUCCCAGACCAAGGAUGGUAAACCUUGUUGAACUUUACAAAGUUAGGGCGAACUAAGGUAAAUCAUUUUAUCUUUUUAAAUCAUUUUGUAUUGCCAGUUAGUGUGUUUGAUUCAAUUGGUGAGUGGGGAAAAUCUGCCACCCCUGUAUUUAAAUUCUGGUCAACUUUAUCCGUUUCAUUUGGAGGUCAAAAUUUAUUUAAUUAUGAUAUAAUAAAACAAUAUACCGAUACAAAGUACAAAGAUAAAUAGAAAAAUAACAAACAGAAAUAUUGUUUUUCCUCUUUCUUUUUUUAUUGCUAAACUUUGUCAAGGGCAUGGCUAGAGGGGUUCCUGAGGUGCCCCUGACCCCCCACCCCCCUUUAACCUUUGUAAAAGUGUCUACCCUAUAGCAAUUGCAAAUUGUGAGGAAAACAGGUGAUAAUAAUAAUAUUUAGGUCUUCAAUGGCUAAAAUAUCACUUUAAGAAAUGCAUUUAGCAGACUGCUAAAUGCACUAUUAUGAUUUCAUAAUUCAAUGCCCAUCAUUAAGUUAGGAGUUCAAUUAAAUGAGUUUAAACUGUUUUUUUUUUUUCUGUAGGAUCAAUGUUGAAGCCCUAAUAAAGGAAAUCAAUGCCCAAAAAAAUGCCAUCAAGAAAAUGGAAUAACUAUUGAUGGAAGACACUUUAAAGUCAAAUUUACAGGUGAUUAAAUAUACUUUCCUAGGCCACUGUAGGGCCAAGGAAAAAUAUCCAGUUUAUUGCUGGAGUUCAUUUAUAUAUUGAAGUUAUGUUUAUUUUCAGAAUUACAUGUAUUUCUUUCUUCUGUUUGCUAUUAAAACAUAUAGUAUAAUAAUGAUAUUGUAGAAUACCUCCAUCUGCUGAAUUUGUAAGUGCCUAAUGUUUCACGUGAGCACUGGACUCCAGAUCAAGCAGUCUGGGUUGAAACCCUAGCCGAGGCCACUGUGUUGUGUUCCUGGGCAAGACAUUCAACUUUCACAGUGCUUCUCUCCACCCACAAAUAAUAUAAAUGUAUAUGAAUGUGUAUCAAUUGGCAAAUUUAAUGCUGGGCAGGGAUAACCCUUUUAUUGACUAGCAUCCCAUCCAGGGUGAAGUAGAAAUACUCCUAGUCCCUUAGUGCUACUGAAAUCCAGAUAAGCUUCAAUGCUGGUGGGUGACUUCUGGGCCCAAACCCAGACCUUACCUUACUUAAUAAGGGAGACAGUGAUCUGCAUUGUAAUUAUCAGUGGUGAGUGUGCUGAACUUGAGAUCUAGUGAUCUGGGUUUCAAGUCCUGGCCAAAGUAAUUGUGUUGUAUUCAUAGGCAAUACUCACAGUGUCUGAGCUCAGAGGAUUGAAAAAGUACCAGUGAACUUAAUCCUGGCAUGUAAAACCCUUUGAUAGGCUAGCGCCCCAUCCGGGUGCGCAUAGAAAUACUCUUGUCACUUCAUGCUCCUGAAUCCAAGGUAAGGCUACAAAGCCUGAUGGGCCACUAUAGGCUUGAAUGGCCCUUUACCUAUUGCUAAAUUACUGACUCCAUCACCUUAAAAAAAACAAGACUUAAGAAUCAAUUUCCUCAUUCUCUUCUUGGAUGUGUUCCUAAAGAUUGUAACCAUCUGCAUUUCUAAGUCAGGCUGUAGAAAUGCUGAUGACAGUAAAUGCAGACUGAUUAAUUAAAAUAAAAGGCAUUUUGGGAUGUGAUCCCAGAAGAAGCCUGUUAAUGGACAUUAAAAUCAUAUUUGUUAAUGUCGGAUGUGACAUUCAAGAAAAUUUAAUUAUUUGUCUUGUUUUUUUUAUGACAGUUACGCUUGAUUACAAGGCAUUGAUAAUGCUUAUCAAACGAAAGAGUGAAGGUAAUGAGUCAGAUGAAGAAAUGGAAGGUCUAUGUCAGAGAGGGUUGGACACAGAGUGCUGUGUGUUCUGUAAAGUUUUACGGGUAAGUUAUCACAGAAGUAGCCACUAAAUGUAGUUCCUAUGUCACUGGAUGUGCACAAGUCAUUUUAUAAUAGUGUUAUCACUGUAAGUUUUGGUAUAUGGGUAAUUAAAAUUCAUACCCAACUUCAACUUCUUCUUCACAGUUUUUAAUUGUAUCAAGCUUGUUAAGGAUACUAUUAUAGACAAAGUAUUCAAUUUCAAUUACUUUGAUUGUGUGCCUAUUUAUGGACGUAGUUACAAUGUUUUUUCUGUUUUCCUAUUGGUUUGUAAUCAGAUCCUUUAGUGUCACCUCACAUUUUCCAUAAGAUUUUGACUUAUUGUCCAUUGUUUGCCUUGUUUGUUAUCUUGAUUCAUAAUCUUUGGCACGAGUGGGACCGAUAUUUUAUGAUCGUUUAUAAAUCGUUGUUAACCGUAAUCCUUGGUUUCCUUGUUUUGUGGUUCCUUGAUGACGACCUGUAAAAUAGUCCUGUUACUUAGCAAACACACCUUAGCAAUACCCCUUGAAUUUUUGUCUUGUCUUGUUGCAAGCUGUCACUAUCUGGUAAACAAUAAAAUAUUUUUCUCUAUUUUAUUGCAGGGAUGUGCAUGUCCAGGGGUUGAACGUGGUGAAUCCUGUGCAGAAUGCUUUAUCAAGAGCAAGGCAAAUGUUGGAGGGUCAGUAAGCCCAUUUAAUUUUUUAAUGCAAUCAUUUUACAAGGGCAGCUGUAUGUUAUUUAUGUGUUUUUGGUUAUGUGAUUAAUUUUUUUGUACACACCUCAGACUUAAGACAUGCAUCUAUGUAUUAAAUUUUAAUUACAAAACUAUUUUCAGUAAACAAGUAUUUUAUUAAUCCCUGUUUAGCCUUCUCCAUUAUACCUUACAUUAAUUUUCUAUGGUUGUAGAUAUAAACGUUAUUGUCCUUAGAGAAACUGCAGACAACUUCCCAGGAAUUGGCUUGAUUGUAAUUGUGCAUAAUUACAAUCUGGCAUAUAAUUGUAAUUACAUUGUAUGCACAGGAGAAACUGAUAAAUACCUAAGCUUGAUAAUGUUUAGGUAUAAAAUAAAAGGUCAACUUUCAGUAAUUUUUGAUAUUACUCCUCCUUUGCUAAUAAUUAUUUUAGAUGGAAGGGUGUUAGGGAUGACUUGCUGUUUCUCCUUGAAGAAGAGUUGUGUGAUGUAAACCUAUGCACUCUUCAUUGCGAGCUGCGGAAUACAGAGCAGUGGCUAUGUUCACUGGGAAUGUUUGCGUAUGAGUGUGGGAGCCUUAAAAAUUGCAAUGCUGUUUUAGCCGAUUAUGGACCAGACAGUAUGAAGGGAAGGGACAGAAUCGUAGUAAAGACAAAGCCUGGCCAGGAAAGUGGUAUUGAGCAGCACAACAUUCAAGUGUUGUCAUUCUCAGGUAUACAGUCAUAAAUCAGAUUGAUGCAAACAGCUAUUGUGACAGUCACUUUUUCUACAAAAGACUCCAACAGAGUAAAUAAGCAUACUUCAUUGACCAUAAAAUUCAAGAAUGCUUUUUUUCCUCUCCCUCUUUUCCCUUGGCCAAGUGCUAAUACCAAGCCAAUGUAGCUAAACAAGUCAUGCAACAUAAAUACAACAGCCAACACACAACUAGGAAAGUAAAUUAUGUUGUAUUUAAUGCCAUAUCUUUAAUACCAUAAUUAAUGUAUUGUUUUCUUCAAGCUUUUAGAACAAAAAGACUAUGCCUUACUUAGUGUGGUUGUCAAAGCUAAUAACAACAACUUUGUCUUCAAUUAAUAACAAUCAUACAGAAAAAUGAAAAGCUAUAGUAACCAUAAACUAUUGUUAACUGAACAACUUUUAAUCCCCACCCCCAGCCUAAGGUGAUUUAACAACUUUAGCAGUAUUUGCUAAAGCGUGAUCUUUGUAUCGUUUUUAGGUUCAACAGAACGCAGGUUUCUCGAGAACAUUGAAGAAAUUGUCACCCAGUCACUGCCAUUAGAAAACCUGAGAAGG